UUCACAUUUACGAGUACUCGGAUCCGAGUUUCGCUUCUCGGACUAAAUUUCGGAAAUGUAAACGGUUACUCGGAGCUCGUAGCGACUUCGAUCCGAGCCCGGAUCGAAGUAGAAUACAAUCCGACUUGUUGUACGAGAGCACCUGUUUCUCGAUAAUAUAAAAUGGCGGAACUAAAGUUUUCCAGCGAGCAAAUGGAACAAUUUCUUGAUCUUUAUAGAUCAUUUGAGUGUUUAUGGAACAUUAAAUGUACAGAUUAUAGAGACAUCAACAAAAGGAACAACGCGUAUGAAGCUAUUGCCGAUAUUAUGAAUAUUUCAAUAGAAAACGUGAAGAAGAAAAUAAACAACAUUCGAUCGACGUAUUUGCAGGAAAAGAAAAAAGUUGAGUUAUCAAAAAGUACAGGGUCGGGCGCAGAGGAUAUUUAUAUUCCAAGCUUAUUUUGGUUUAGUAGUAUUGGAUGACGUUACAACAUCAAGGAAAACAGUGUGUACUCCAACUACAAAACAAUAUGUAAGUAUUAAAACAACUGAUUCUUUGAAUUUUCAGUAGUAUAUUAGUGAAAAUGGAAUAAUAUUCUAUAUAAAGUUAACAUAUUCCUAAAUGUAUUUCCACUGAAAAUCAGUCUGUCCC